CUGGUAUUUAACUGACGUAUAAGUGCAAGUCCUGAAACUCGGCGAAGUCAGCAACUACAUACCUCAUACCUGACUACCUCGGUUGGCGUAGUUUCCCCAGAUUUUUGGGACCCGAUGACGGCGGGAGAGCGCGGCUAGACAAGGCACGUGUCGGUAUUAACUUCCCCUUUCAAGCGUGUGGAACUGGGUAACUUGAGAGCUUGCCUCUAUAAAGUACACAUCAUGUACAUCGUGUACAUCUUACGUAGAUAUACCCAUCUCUACAUCAAUGCGCAUAUCGGUCAUCUUCCAUUGAAACGUCAACCCCAACAAUAGCAUUGCGGCUCGUACUUGGUAGCUUAGCCAGCGUCUCUGGUAUCUACCUGAGGCUCGCGAAUGUCAUCUUUGCUUUCCGACCCCUGCACCCAAAACAGCCAUAGCCUGAUUGCAAUAUUAUUAUUAUAAUCGCAUAAUGCCAGAUACUAUGAAGCUUGCGGAAUAUCUCUUCGCCCGGCUCAAGCAGCUCGGGAUCGGCGCUGUCCACGGCGUACCUGGCGAUUUCAAUCUCACUCUAUUGGAUUACGUCGAGCCUGCCGGUUUGACGUGGGUUGGCAAUGCAAACGAACUGAAUGCCGGCUACGCAGCCGACGGAUAUGCCCGUAUCAAAGGAUACAGCGCCCUCAUCACCACCUUCGGCGUCGGCGAACUCUCUGCCAUCAAUGCCAUAGCCGGCGCCUAUGCUGAGCGCGCAGCUGUCGUGCAUAUCGUCGGAACCCCGGACCGCCCCACCCAAGACGAGCGGCGCCAGGUUCAUCACACCUUCAAUGACGGCGAAUUUGGCCGUUUCGCCCAAAUGGCUGUCCCCGUCACCGUCGCGCAGGUAGACCUCAAGGACCCCCGCACAAGUCCCGAGCUGAUCGACCACGCCUUGCGGCAAUGUGUGAUACACAGUCGGCCCGUGUAUAUCCAGGUCCCCGUGGAUAUGGUUUCCGUACCUAUACAGACACAUUCGUUGCAGACAGCACUGUACACUACUUUAGUGCAACCCACCGCUUAUAGCGAUGAGAUAAUAGGCAAAGUAUUAGAAAGGAUUUAUGAGGCCGAGGCGCCGACCAUUCUGGUCGACGGAGAAACCAGAUCCUGUGGUAUUGUUGAACUGGUACAGCGUUUGGUGGAAGUAACCAAAUGGCCCAGCUGGACAACAGGCUUCGGCUGGGGCUUGCUCGAUGAAACAACGCCCAACGUGCAUGGUAUCUAUCGAGGCCGCUUUGAUACACCUGCCGUUCAUGAAUUUGUCCAGUCCUCAGACCUCGUCCUGUUCUUUGGACCUCAUACUAGCACGACGAAUAGCUACGUCAAAACGAGCGUGCCGAAACCAAAAGCUAGCAUCUCCAUCUCUCAUACCGAAAUCAGAAUCGGUGACAAGAUCUACAGAGAUAUACCCGCCCGCCUCGCUAUAACACAGCUUCUUGAGAAGUUAGAUCGAUUGAAAAUGAAGACUUACACACCAUCUACCGAUUUAUCACGUCCUCAACCUAAGAGCUACUCCGAUGCGCUAAAAGACCAACCCAUCACGCAGGCCUUAUUCUGGCCCAUGACUUCAAAAUUACUACAAAAGGGAGACAUAAUUCUUGGUGAAACAGGCAGUGCGGGUCAUGGUUGCCGAGACAUGCCCCUCCCGAAGCACGCACGCACCUUUGUGCCAGUCACCUGGCUCUCAAUCGGGUAUAUGGUAGGCGCCGCGCAAGGUGCCGCCCUAGCGCAGCGCGAAAUGAUAGCUUCUGGUUACAAUGGUAUAAAGAGUGCUCGCACAAUACUCUUCAUUGGCGACGGCAGUUUCCAGAUGAGCGCACAAGAAUUAGGAACCAUUAUCCGCCAUAAUCUCAAUGUCACUGUAGUUCUGAUCAACAACGAUGGGUACACGAUCGAGAGAGUUAUUCACGGGUUGAAGCAAGGAUACAAUGACAUAGCGACUUGGAGAUACCUGCAAGCGCCUGCAUUCUUUGGCGCCAAGGAGGACACGUUUACGGCAAAGGUUGAAACGCUUGGAGAAUUGCACGACUUAUUGGAGACUGAGCAGUUCACGAAGGCUAAGGGAUUCAAGAUGGUUGAAGUCAUUAUGGAUCGCGAGGACGUGCCCGAAGGACCGCUGGCGUGGCUCCUUCAGAAUCAGCUCAAGAAACAGAUAUAGAUGCUAUACAUAGGUAAUUAACGUCUGUUAAUAGUAAAGGGGUAUUAAUUCUUUGCCAUCGUG